CAGUCAUGGCUCGUCCCAGUGCCGCGCGCCUCUCCGCUCACACACCGCACCUUUUAAACCGGAGUGACUCCACAAGGGAAACUAACGCAUUUAUUUUUAACUGUUGGUCCCGUGCGACUCGAGUCUGGACCGCGAGACCGAAACAAAGCGUCUGCAUCCCGGGAGCAGGUUGAACAAAAGGUGAGAACGGUUUUUUUCCGGUGCGUAAUGCGGAUGUGUAAUUCGUAAAAACAAUAGCCCGUUUCGAAAUCUUCCGGUAUAGCUUCUCCUCGCGCACUGCAACACGCGUGUGAGCGCUUGUGCAGUCUACAUGAAGUCAAGUCGUGUGUUAUUGGUCGAUCUUCAAUUCGGCAUCAAUCUCAUACAUUUAUUCUGUAUAUAACUUUGCCUGUUGUCCGGAGAACGCAGCGCGCAACGUGAAUCCAGGAGAGUCUCGCAUUUUGUGCCAAAACCUCAAUUUCUUACUUUUUAAAGUUUUUUUUUAAACGUAAUCUGGUGUCGUUUGCGGUCACACCUGCGUGUCUCAACCGCAGCUUUUCUACCAAACACGUGCAACAGCUGGACACAUCUGUCCCAGCUCUCUCGUCGUGUUUUGGAGGCGCGCAGCGGACGUGUAACCCGGGACAGUUAUUGUGCGUGUCAAUGACAUUUGGAGCCAUUGAACGCAUCACCUGAGUGGAAACAAAGUGCUGCGGACACAGCAUGUGGGAUGGCUGCAGACAACUACUUGAUGACACCUUUGUGACACUCUUUUGGGAUCAGAGACAGAUUUCCUGAAUAACAUCAGUCAGUCUUCAGCCAUAAUGCCUUCAAAGUUCGAGCUGUGCCACACCCAGGAACACAUCGACUCAGCCGAAAGCCCGUUGAUCAGCGCCAUCAUGUUCGCCAUGGGCAUCUUUGGCAACGUAGCUGCACUGGUGAUCCUGGAGAUCCGGCGGCGCAGAGAAACAAGGAGCGGGGGCGCGUCGCGGCGAGCACUGUUUCACGUUCUCAUCACGGUGCUGGUGCUCACGGACUUGGCUGGGACCUGCCUGGUCAGCCCACUGGUGCAGGUGGCAUAUUCACGCAACACCACCAUGGUGGGGAUGUCGUCUAAAACUAUUAAUUUGUGCUCGUACUUUGGUGUCAGCAUGACCUUCUUCAGUCUGGCCACCCUGUCGCUCCUCUUCAUGAUGGCAUUAGAGCGAUGCUUUGCCAUUGGAUACCCCUACCUGUACACCCGACAUGUCACCAAGAAAUGUGCCUAUAUCACCAUCCCAUCAGUGUUUAUGUUAUGUGUGAUAUUCUGUCUCCUGCCUUUUGCCGGGCUUGGUACUUAUGUUCAGUACUGCCCUGGCACGUGGUGCUUCAUUGACAUGAACCCAGAGCCAAGUAAGCACCGCGCGUACGCCAACCUGUACGCCACUAUCAUGUUUUUGCUGGUGUUGGCCAUUGUGGCGUGCAACGGUUUCGUGGUGUACCAGCUUUUCAAGAUGUACCAACGCCGCAAGAGGAACGGCGGCUCGGUGAUGGGAACCAUAAGAUCCAACAAUGACCGCAGAGUGAUGUCCAUGGCCGAGGAGGUGGAGCAUCUCAUCCUGCUGGUGUUUAUGACCAUCAUCUUCAUCAUAUGCACGCUGCCCCUAGUGAUCCGGGUGUACAUGAACUCCAUAAACCCUGGUACAGAGUCUCACGGAAUGGACCUGAUUGCCCUGCGCUUCAUCUCCAUCAACUCCAUCAUCGACCCCUGGGUGUUCAUCCUCCUCUCCCCCAGCGUGCUGCACUUUUUCUGGGCGUCGGCGUGCCGGGCCCCCAUAGGAGCCUCCAGGGGCUCCAUAUGUCAACCAUCUAUCAGUAAAACCAAUACCCCUAACAUCGAACUGUCUCGCAAAACGCUGGACUACACCGCCCAUUUUCAAUCUGUGGAAAAUCUAUGACCAUAACACCACGUUAUGAUUUGAUAUGUGUAUUUAUUGGACACGUGAACGGACAGUGUGAUUUCUGCUUUCCUAGUAGUGGGUGUUUUAUUUAUUUUUGGGGCGUUUCCAUGAGAUAACGGAUCUUACUGUCUUACUUAUCAGGCUCUGUCAGCUGGAGGCCAACUGCUUCUAGCAUUUCAGUACAUUGUAUGCAUGUGGAAUGCACAGUGACUUCUCUAGAGCUGUAGGGCUGCAUCCAUACUUUGAUGUUUUAAUUUGAAAACACAUCAACUCAGCCACAGAUAGGCCUGAUGUCCACACUACUCUCUCUUUUACAGACGAAAAGGUAACAGUGUGGAUGGAGCUAAAGUAUUAAGUAUAAAAGCUCAACAUUGUGUCUCCUUUGCUGCUUGUGUGAUAUAUCAGUGAAUCUGUUAAAUGGAAAAGGUUGCUGAUGGGAAAGAAUUACUUCUGGAAUUGGGAAACUGUAAGUGGUAUCUCGACUUUAUCUCUACGCUUCAGGACAAACCCCAAAGGGAGGGAGAGGUAACUGCUGCUUGGACAUGUCCUCACACGUCUCUGAUUCAAAUGCUGCUUUUUCAAACCAUUCUCACUUGCCAUUAAUAUGUAAUUGUAUAGAGAUGCAUAUAAAAUCAAGUAAAUAGAAACAGAGCUAAAUGUGGCACGUUCAGGUCACUUGGGAUCACAAUGAUAGAAGAUAGAAUGGUGGGAUGACACAGGUGUAGAGAUAUCUGAGGCACGUCUUUCUCUUCUCAACACUUCAGUGAUCAUGGGGUCAUCAUCUUGAGAACAUUAUCUUUUCACUUGACCUUUGACCUUAACCUCUGCUCUGCUUUGGAAACCCUAACCCUUCGCAUUCCUACCAGAUCCCUGCUGGAUGAAAGGGAAAGAACCACUUCUGGUACGAUAUGGUCACGACUUCCAUCAGAGCGGUAAAGGUUGCUCAUCAUUUCAUUCAUCAGUAUGUAGCAUAUGAUAUAAGAUAUCAUUAGAUGAGACUGCAAUUCCCUUUGGACUUGAAAACGUCUACUUGUUGUAUUGUUAAAUGAGGGCAGAUAAAACGCACACAUAAAAGUUUCAUUUAAUUAGCUCACACUAACUUAUUUAUACAAUUUGAAGUGUUAGUCCUCGAGGCGUUGGACAUACACGGUUUAUUAGGUACAACCAGCUAAAACUAGUCUAAUACAACAACACUAUACUGCAAAAAUGUUUCCUUUCAUUAGGCCUUAAAUGUCAAUGAUAUAAACAGGGUGGAUGAAAUAAUCGUAGCACGUGACAGUAUUACGCAAAGAAUUGGACAAAUUGCACAGUCACACUUGUAUCUUUAUAUUGCACAUUUAUAGAACAGCCUAAUGUUGUAUAUAGUCUUUUUUAUCUUAUGUUAUUUAUUCUAGAUUCUGUUUGUUCAUAGUAA